CCCCCUCCCCCGGUCCCGAGGCGCCUUCGCAUCUCGGCCUCUGUUAGCAGCCGAGCUCCAGGACCGAGACGAUGUACAAGGAUCUAGACUUGUAAUGACUGCAAAUACACUUUGAACAAAUUCUGAUUCUCUCCUGGUGCCAACUGAAAGUAUAAGUGAUAUAUGAAAGGGAUAUUGACCGGAAACAUAUUGCAGGAUAAAGAACAAAUUAAAACUGGUAUAAAAAUAACCAAUGGCUCUCUUCCUGACCCUUCAGACAGUAUUUCUGUUGGCACUGAUGCAUUUUAGCACAUGCAGAAUAAACGAAGGGUCGUCUGAAUAUUUAGUAUAUCCUGCCGAAUCUAUUAAUGUUUCCAUCCGUUCUGAUGAACAAUGCUUGGAUAUAAAAUGGACUCUUCCCCUACAUGCUAAUUAUACAUUGAAUUUAAAAAUGAUUUUCCAAAUAGACAUCAGCAGAACUACAUCAAACAACACUAUUGAGAAUAAAAAUUAUACCACAACUUUGAAGCCUAAUGAAACCCUACAGUGGUCUUGGCAUUCAGUGCUCCCUUUAGAAUGCACUUCUCAUUUUGUAAGAAUCAGAAGUAUGGUGGAUGAUGAAAGAUUCCCAGAGUCUAGGAUCUGGAGUCCCUGGAGCCAAUGGGUGGAAUCAGAGGGGCAGGACUACUCAGGCCAAUUACGCAUAUUCCCUGUUGAUAUCAUGUAUGCUGAAGAAGAUUCCAAUGUCACCAUUUGCUGCACUUCCCCAGCAGAUAAUGAGACAAUAGAUUUUUUUUAUGAAAAGGAUCCUGUUCAGGGAAUAAAACUGAGCCCCCGUACGACAAUGUUUGAAGUGAAUAAUGUUCCUUUUGUUAGGAAACAAGGAUCAAAUGCUUAUUGUAAGCUGAACUCUUCUGUCAUGGGUGUUGUCGUAUAUGUAGGAGGAGUACUUGAAGAGCCCAAGGACUUUUCUUGUCAAACUCGAGACUUACAAACCUUGAACUGUACCUGGGAUCCAGGAAGAGACACAUUGCUGGAGAAUCUUCCAAACAGCUACAGUUUAUCUGAAUGGUUUUCCCAGAAAAAAGUUAAUUGUGAUCACAGAAAUUGGUGUACCUGGCCACUAGCCCCAGACAUGCAGGACACGUACAACUUCACUCUGAUUGCUGAAAAUAAACUAAGAAUGAGAAGAACAAGCAUCUUCUUUAAUGUGACCCAAAAAGUUCAACCAAAGCUCACUGGUGAAAUAUCUAUUAAAAAUAUAAGUGCCACGGAGGCAACAUUGACAUGGCAAAUUAUUCCCGAUAAAAAAAAACUCAUUUUUUUGUGUCAAAUUGAAGUCUACCACGAUGGAAAAGGAAUAGCGUACAACACUUCCAACUCUGAAUUCACUUUAAGCGGAUUACAACCUUAUACAGCACAUUCAGCUCGAGUACGCUGCUGCACAGCCAACCACUUUUGGAAAUGGAGUGAAUGGGACAGCAAAAACUUCACCACAAAGGAAGCUGCUCCCUCAGGGGCUCUCGAUAUCUGGAGAACUGUGGAACCAGUUUCAGGAGGAUACAAUGUGAAAAUAUUCUGGAAGCCACUACCGACAUUUCAAGCUAAUGGAAAAAUCCUAAAUUAUAGCAUAGCUAUGGAACCACUGGGGACCUUUUUUUCUGAAUCAGACAGUAAUAGCACCGAAAAAAUUAUUGACCAACAGCCCUAUCAGAUCAGCAUUACAGCCAUCAAUAGUGUUGGAUCUUCUACCCCCUCGGUCAUUGUGGUGUCUGGAAAUACUGAAAACAGCAAGCAAAGCAUAAAAGAAGACAGAGUUAAUGGCACAAAGGAUGGAAUAUAUCUGUCUUGGAAACCUGACCCAGAAACUGAAGGCUAUGUUGUGGAUUGGUGUAACUAUCCCCAGUACGCAAUCUGCGACUUCCAAUGGAAGAAAUUCAGUUCCAAUACCACCAGUGCAAUCAUCAGAUCUGCUGCUUUUCAGUCUGGAGUGAGAUAUAACUUUAGAAUUUAUGGACUGUCUACAAAGCAUGAAGCUUAUUUGCUAGAGAAAAAAACAGGAUAUACUCAGGAGAUGGCACUUGAUUGCAAACCAGAAGUGAUUGUUGACCAUUUGGCUUCGACUUCGCUGACCUUGACUUGGAAGGAUAACUGCACCGACGAGCCCCAGUAUGGCUUCUUUGAAGGGUACCAUAUUUACAUGAAACCUGAAGCCGAGGGCUCCUGUGACUCAGAAACAGAAAAGGACGUUUUUUCAGAUGGCUGUAUAUAUACAAUUCCAGAUACAAAACAAAAGACUUUCAAUGUGAAAAAGCUGCAGCCAAAUUCAACAUACAUAUUUGAAGUCAAAGCAUACACGGGUGGUGGAGACAGCCCUGGUGGCAUUAUAAAGGUCACAACAGGAACCCAUGAAAACACCAGUUUAAUGAUGACUAUAAUACUUCCAAUGGCCUUCUUUUCUCUGCUACUCAUCAUUGGGUUGAACUUGAAAAUUCAGUGGGUGAAGGAGAAGUGCUUCCCUGAUAUUCCAGACCCUUAUAAGAGCAGUGUCCUGUCACUGAUGAAAUUUAAGGGCAAUAUUCACCAGGCCAUACUGAAUACUAGUGACUGUAUUCCUGACACCAUUGAAGUCGUGAACAAGCCAGAAAUAACUAAAACACAGGGAUCAAGGACAUUACUUGUGGGGAAUGAGAUCACCACACCUGCCUAUCUCUACCUCCUUCCAACAGGAAAAAAUGCCUUGGAUUCUCAAGCUUGCAUCUGUUUUGAGAACUUCACUUAUCGUGAAGCAGCAUCUGACUCUGGUUCUUGUAGCCAAAAUCAGAUGAUGCCCACUGACCCAAUUAGGUCUUUGGAGCCUUCUGAGCAUUUACUAAAGGUAGAAAAGGACUACAUUGAAUCAUCGGGCAAUAUUCCUGCUGAAGAAGAAGCCAGUUUGAAUUAUGUAUCCCAGUUGGCCCCAACCAUGUCUGGAGACAAAGGCAGUUCUUCACCUAAUCUUCCUGAGCCAGCACACUGCUCGGAGUAUAAAAUGCAAAUGGUGAUGCCUACAGGUGUGGCUCUGUCCCUUCCACCAGAAGGUGACAGACCCAUCUCAGUCACCUCUUUAGACCAACUUGAAAAUCCGUGCUAACCAAUAUCCAAGUUUCAUACCUUCAUACUGAGUUCCAUAUCCUCAGUGCUUGUAAGUUGAAGAUACAAUGUUUGUAGCACAUCUGGUACCAUCCCUCAGGCACAAGAGGCCUGGGAUUGAAUGUAUAAAGAGGUUCAUGGAAAUCCUGUUGGGUUUCAUGGCUAGAAGAACAUUUUGCACAUUCUUCUGCUUUCCUUGGGAAAAAAAAAAAGGCUGACCUUAGAAACUGUGCCCAAGGGAGCUUAUUUACUACUCUGCCUUUUCAUAAUAAAACUCGUUUUCUGAUAGGCACUUUAUCUUUUUCUCAAUUUUUUUAAAAGGUAGCUUCCAAGGCUGCUAUCUCGGGAUCUUCCAGCUGCAUUUCUGAGAGAAACUGUUCCCAGUGAGUGAGUCCUGCUUCCACACUUCGUACUUUAGAGACAAAAGGAUUAUACUUGGAUGCUCAUUUUGUAAAAUGAGUCUCCAGGUGAUACAUUUCAACAAAUACAAGUUGUUGGUGGUCAUUUAUUCUGGCUGGGUAAUGGGAACAGAUUCUGUGGGAUCUUGGGAUUGAUGUUUUAGAACGUAUUUUGAAGUGAUUUGGAGAUGAUGACGUAGGUGCAUGUGUACCUGAAGGGAGUGAAAACUAAAGUGACUGUAACAAGCUCCAAGACAAUGCACUGAUACUUUCUACCACUGGAGGCCCUUCCACUUUUCUUCAGUGACUUGGUUUUGUUUUUUUCUACUCUGAGAUUUUUUUCUUUUUUCCUUAAAAAUCCCAUUUACCAUCAGUAGCUGUUCUUUUUCCAUCAAGAAUAUCACUUCCAAAAAUCCCCCUUAUUCUGUUUAUGGUGGAGUGUUAAAUAAAAAAGAAACAACACUGGUUAAUUUUAGUACCCUCAAAAAGAAAUGUAAAAUACCAGGUUUAGUGCAAUAAACUUUAGGUGUUAAUUUAAGAAUAUUAAAAACAUAUAUUGCAAAAGUGACACAUAAAAGUGGAGGUAUUUUUAAUGAGCUGAUCAUUAGCUCAGCCCAUUACAUUCAAACUCCACUUCAUCUCUCACAUUCAUCCCCUUCACUUCAUUAACCAAGUUCCUAUUUCAGGCCCUUAUAACCUCAUCUGGACAAUUGUUAUAACCUCCUAAUUGGUUUCCCUGUUUGGAAUUUCUGUUCUCCUGAAUCCAUCUUUCUCCCUGUUGCCAGGAUAAUAUUUGUAAGGUACAGGUCUAAUUGUGUCACUCCUUUCCUCAAAAAAUCUUCAUUGUCUCCCCAGUUGUUGCUAGGAUAAAACAUCAACUCCAGUUUAAUACUUAAAGCCCUCUUCUAGCCAAUUCUAGCUUAUUUUAAUGGACAUUUCCCUUCACUCACCUUAAUAGUUUCUGUUCCAAGCCAAAAUCCACCUCUUGCCUCCAUAUAUCUGCCCCCUUCAUGGAAUGUAUACCCUCCUCACCUCUA